AUGGAACCCGUGCCUCCACUCGAGGCGACCAUAGUCGAAGUGGUUGAGGAUGACGUUGGACCGGAUAGCGCGGGGGAGAACCAAGAUGUGCAACAAGAGCAAGAGCAAGAGCAGAUCCAGGGGCAAGACCAAGGACAAACCCAAGAACCAGUACAAGCCCCUCAAACCAGAGCAUCCAACGAAGACACAGGUCCUCCUCCACGAAUCGACGGUCCCUUACAAACCUUCUUCGACCGCUUCCUCCCCAACUUCAUCUUCGACCCCCGCAACCCCUCCUACGACGAGUACCACCGCCUCGAAGCCUUCCGAAAACAGACCAACCACCCGUCGCUCGCGACGACUACGCGUAAAGCGCUGCUGGAGGAGUUCAGGAUCGCUUUGAUCGAGCAGUUCCAUUUUAGGUUUGGGAGGGAUGUGGAGAGUUUGGAUGCGUGGAGGGCGUUGUGCGUGGCGAUGAAGAUUGAGCCCGUGCCUGAUACUUUGAAGGAGGCGCGAAAGGCGGUGUUCAAUACACAUGUCAACCUCGUGGACCUAACAGACGAAUACGAAGACUGGGGCCGCCUCACCAAGUUCAGCUCCGAAGCCGAGUUGAGCGACUACACCCUCCGCACCAAGUACAUCUUCCCGAGAAACAAGAUCAACAGGCGGACGAUCUUGUAUAUGCUGUUGCGCCGGAUUUACUUCCCGCCGCCGGUGGGGACUGUGAGAAAUGAGCGUAACCGGCUGGUGAUCCCGGGUUCUGCGCCCAGAGAGGAGGGUGGUCCGAAGCAGAAGAGGGGGAGGAGGGGUGCGAGGAGGAGGAAGGGGAGUAGGAGGACUGAUUCCUCCGACGUCCCCGUGAAUAACCCUGAAACUGGAGGUCAACCAUGA